GGCUGCCAGGAACUGUCUGCACACUCUUUAAGGAGUGCCUGGGAGAGUCACAAGCGACCAGGAAGGAGACCUGACUACACUCAGCAAGGAGCUAUGGCUGCACUCAUGGCUUCCUACUCAUGGUCCGAAGGCUUGGACUGCUCUACCAUGGAUGGAGACCUCUCAGAUGGACUGUCCCCCCACAGGUCCCCCCGGGAGAAAGGCUCAGAGACCCGGAUCAGGAGACCCAUGAAUGCCUUCAUGGUUUGGGCAAAGGAUGAGAGGAAGAGGCUGGCAGUGCAAAACCCCGACCUACACAAUGCGGAGCUCAGCAAGAUGCUGGGAAAAUCCUGGAAGGCCUUGUCUGCUCCCCAGAAGAAGCCCUAUGUGGAGGAAGCUGAGAGGCUGAGAGUCCAGCACAUGCAGGACUACCCAAACUACAAGUACAGACCCAGAAGAAAGAAGCAGAUCAAGAGGAUCUGUAAGAGGGUGGACACUGGCUUUCUGCUCAGCAGCCUCUCCAGGGACCAGAACUCUGUGCCAGACAGCAGAAGCUGCAGGACAACUGUGGAUAAGGAUGACAGUGGGGUCUACUCUUCUGCAUCAACUCUGCAGGAUAUCAGAAGUUAUAGGGAGUCCCAGAAUGGAGUCAGUAAACAUGAACAGACCUACCCUUAUGGCCUCCCAACCCCACCAGAGAUGUCCCCUUUGGAGGUCAUUGACCAAGAGCAGAGCUUCUACCCUUCAUCUUGCCCUGAGGACCACCACCCUCACCUGAAUGCCACCAGCUACCCACCUGAGUACUCCAGAAGCCCCAUCCUUUGCAGUCACCUGAGCCAAAUGCCUGGACCACCAAUGAUCCCCCCCAAUUGUCCCCCAGGCUACUUCAGCUACCCUUCUAUACACCACCAUGGCUACCAGAUUCAUGGCCACCUUGGCCAGCUGUCCCCCCCACCCGAUCACCCCCACUAUGAGAGCAUUGAGCACAUCAGUCAGGCUGAACUUCUGGAGGACAUGGACAGGAAUGAGUUUGACCAAUACCUAAACACGGCCAUAGUGGAGCCCAGUGAAAUGACAGUGAGUGCCCAUGUCCAGGUGUCCCAGUCUAUGGACCUACAGCCACCCCAAGAGACCAGCCUUAUAUCUGUGCUGGCAGAUGCCACUGCCACCUAUUACAACAGCUAUAGCGUCUCCUAGAAGCACCAGGAGAAGGACUUUGCAUGGACUGGACAGUAUUAAAUGGCUGUGUAGACUAAGCUAAGGACACUUACUGUACCUCUCAGGGUUGUUGUCACACCAAGAUGAGACCUUCACACCAAGAUGAGACCUUCUCAAUGCAGCUAAGUGACUCUCCUCACUACUGACACACUGAUGGGGUCCUAUGGUUUGGUGGAACCUAUAUGUGAAGGGAAAUCCUGUACAUAAAGAUUAUUGUAUGCUUAUAUCUGGACAUAAAAAUAAUUAGUCAAAAAAAAUAUCUAGUGCUGAGCAGUAAGAUAGAGACCUCCAUCUCUGGCUAGCUAUGGUAUCUGAGGAGGCUUUUGUAGGCACCUAGAUAGAAUGGGGCAGAGCCACAUACAAUUGCGUGGGCGCAGCGUAUGUGAGAUACGCUACGCCGCUGUAACUUACUUUGCAAAUCUUUGAAUCCU